AUGCGAUUCCUCGGAACUCUCGCAGCCGUCCCCUUCGUCUUCUCGGUAUACGUGGCUGGGGAACAUGGGUAUCUCUGCUCUGAUUCGGAGGGCAAUACAAAUACAACUUACGACCAAGCCCUCGUGGAAGGAAGCGUGAAAGAUACGUGUCUCCCAGAUAGCGAGCUGUCUGCGGCCGAACUCGCGGCAAACGUCGGGGCGAAGAAGUAUCCUCGGGUCUGGGUUGACUCGGAAAAUUACGGCUUCAACGAGACCGUUUUACUCUGGAAAUACCAAGGAAACAGCUCUGAGUCUCUAGAAGAGGCUGAUGUCCUUGUUUUUACCAACAAAUCCUGCGACAUUUUGGGAUUACUACAGACAUCCGGUGAUCAGUAUACGAUCUGCAAAGGUGUCAAUGAACAAAAUAACAAGAAAACAAGCUCGGAGAUCUUGUCUAAAAAGCCUCGGCCAGGCAUAUUUAGCGAAGGCUCUCCAAAUUCGUCCAAUUCAGGUGGAACAAGAGAAAAACUCAAAAACUCACCCUCCAUAACAGAGCAAAAGUCUAUGCCAGGCCCUCCAAGACCCGAUCCUAAACUUAGUUACCCUGAGAAGCAACAUAGGGAUCAGGAAACCUUGGACAAGUAUCAUGCUGCAAGGGGUAGAAAACACGAAUGGAUAAUGGGCAUUGACGGUCACCCGUAUUUUAUCAAUUAG